GCGUUUUUCACCCAUUUAAGGCCGUGGCUGGUGGCCAAAGGAAUUUCCUAGGUUUCCAUCGUCGCCACAUACUACUGUAUAGGGAUUCGCUCCAAGAACAUUCCUUUCACUCGUUCAGCACCAAAAAGCAAAACGCCAACAACAUUCUUUUUUUUCGGCAUUGUACGGUAUAGCCCGUCAUGUCGAACCGACACGCGCUCCUUUCCUUGAAUUCGUCCCCUCUUGUUCUCAUACCACUACUCUUCCUUCUUUCUUGUCUUCUUCUUCCCUUCGUUCAAGCCAAUAGCAACGACCAAUGCUAUGACCGAGGCGAGCAAAUUCCUCUCUACUACAACAAACUCUUUUCACAACGCAAUCAACUCCCUCACCGAUACGCUUCUCAACCAUUUAUUUGUCCUCCGUACACCGAUGACGAUUGGUCUCAUAAAUCCCGCCUGUCAAAUUGGCUUGUUGUCGAUCAAGAUUGGCGCGGCGACUGGCUCGUCAAAAGUGACUACAAGAUAUCAACGCUCGAUAACGUAGACUGCAACGUGCUGUGUACCAAGACUUGGUCUAUAGAGGAUGCUAUGGUUGCGAAGCAGCUCAUUCUCGAUGGUUAUCAAGUAGAAUGGUGGCUCGAUGAUCUGCCUGGUGCAACCGCGUCUUACACUAACGAGGUCAAUACGAGGGCAUACCGCGUCGGAUUUCCAUUGGGUCAGAUCAAGAACAACCAAGCAUUUUUCAAUAACCAUGUCAUAUUCAAUAUCCUCUACGCACCAUGUGAAACAACCGCUACCGAUCGUAUUCAAAUUGUUGGUUUUGAAGUAUAUCCAGACUCUGUAGCGAAUGGCCAAUGCACCCAUACUUCCAUCGAUUAUACCAUGCAGGAGGUGACUGAACGUCGAAAAUCAGUUACCUUUACAUACUCCAUCAAAUGGAAAGAGGUGAAGCAAUUACCAGCACAGCGCCGUUGGGACACGUACCUUAUUGCGCCGAAUCCAGACACCCACUUUUAUGCAAUGAUCAACAGCUUUAUCACUGUACUAUUUCUGCUCGGCGUGGUAUCUGUGAUCUUGAUGAAGACGCUUCGAAAGGAUCAGCUUGUGCAUGAAGACAGUGAUUAUAGAAUCUAUGACGACUUUGAAGAUGUGGUUGGAUGGCGGUUGAUUCAUCGUGAUGUCUUUCGACGGCCCAUGUAUGGUGGAUUGCUGGCGCCGCUUGUUGGAUCAGGCAUGCAGCUCUUGUUAUCAUUUGCUGCAACAAUAGUUUGCAUUGCCAAUGGCUAUUGUCAUCCUGCAAAACCUGGUGCUAUAUUGAAUUUUGCUGCUACAGCUUAUAUUUGGACUUCUGCGGUAGCAGGCUAUUAUAGUGCACGAAUAUACAAAGUGUUUCGUGGACGAUCCUGGUUUUUGAACACAGUGCUGACAUCUAUUCUUGUACCUGGCUCCAUCUUUACAUGUCUUAUGAUCGAAAGCUUCUUUGCUUGGUCUUUACGCUCAUCACGUGCAAUAUCUGUAAAAGGCUGGCUCGUUCUGACAUUGCUGUGGUUCUUGGUGUCAAUGCCCUUGACAUUCUUAGGUGCAUUCAUUGGGGACCGACGUGAACGUAUUGAACAUCCAGCACGGGUUACGCAAAUGCCUAGGUUUAUCCCCGACAAACGAUGGUAUCAAACGUACAGUGUGAGCAUCGCGGUCGGUGGCGUCAUCCCAUUUGCUGUUGUAUUUGUGGAUUAUGACGAGCUUCUAAAAUCACUCUGGCACGGAGAGAUCCAUUUGUUUACCUUGUAUGCUGUCACAGCAUGCGCUUUGCUUGCUAUAGCUACUGCAUCCGUGUCAGUGGUAUUAGUAUUCUUCCAGCUCUGUAAUGAGGACUACCACUGGUGGUGGAUGUCAUUUGCAGUAGGCGGUGCAUCAUCUUUGUACAUGUUUGUAUAUGCGGUCGUUUUCUACUGGAUAAGAACAGAUAUACAAGGAGUAGUAAGCGGGGUUGUUUACAUUGUACAUACGCUGAUGGGUUGUGGCCUGCUGGGACUAGCUACAGGCACACUGGGCUUUUUCUGCACCUACAGUGUUAUUAGACGGAUAUAUUCAGCUGUUAAGGUUGAUUAAUGAGACACAUACACAUAUAUUUCUACAACAAACACAUUUAAUAGUAAUAGAGCCAACUUUGUCUUCAUAUGAUGCAAACCACAACAUUUGUAAUAAGAACAAUCAUUUUUCAAAACUUCAUGUAUUUUACUACGG